UGGGCUUAAAAAUAAUUGUAGGAAGUGACGUAAAUGCAUUAUUUCUACAAUUUCCGUUCGAUUUAGCGGGUCUUUCACGAUCAACGUCCUCUCUGCUGCUGUAUUGUGCCUCUAUCCAGCAUUGCAAUCAUAAAGGUUCACGGGAGAUGAAGGUUAAAAUCAAGCAGUGGAACGGCGUGGCAUCCUGGCUGUGGAUGGCCAAUGAUGAGAACUGUGGGAUCUGCAGGAUGUCUUUUAAUGGCUGCUGCCCAGACUGUAAGGUUCCUGGAGAUGACUGCCCAUUGGUCUGGGGCCAGUGCUCCCACUGCUUCCACAUGCACUGCAUCCUCAAAUGGCUCAACUCCCAGCAGGUCCAGCAGCAGUGCCCCAUGUGUCGGCAGGAGUGGAAGUUCAAAGAAUGAGCUCAUCUGGAGAACAUCACUCGAAUGCCUUUCAAAUAGACUGAUGCGUCACAAUCAGAGGAUUCUAGUGUUUCGGAAUACAUAUUUUUUCGUUGUACAUUUCCAGCUACUUUUUUUUCUUCUCUGAGGCUGUCAUUGUUUGUAUUAUGUGGAGGGGUGGGUGAAUAAAUAUGUGAUUAGGAUUUCA